CCCCAAAUUUUUUUUUUUCUUUUUCCUCUUCCAAGUUCCAACGGUUAUCAGCCAAAGUCCUGUCUCCCUCUAUCUCUCUCUCUCUCUCCUAGAGAAGUUUCCGUGUAGUAUCUGAUCUUCACGCACAGUUGCCAGCUCGCCUGUCUGAAUUUUGAAACGUUGUCGUCCUUUUGCUUCGAGCAUAUUUAUAUAAACCCUAGUUGAUCUCUUAAACUCCGAGAUUGAUCGAGAUAUCGGUGAUUUCAUAGAAAAGAAGACAUGCUUGGAGAUGAAGGGGACACCCCUGCCCGGUAUGAAUUGUUGAGCAUGGUAAAGAAGAAUUCAAAAUUAUUAGGGAAAACAACUGUCGAUGAGCAAGAUCCUUCAGAUGUCGAAAUGGAUGUACACUUUUGGCGUGAUAUCCUGGAUUUUUAUUUUAUUUGCGGCAGGGAGUCAAGGGGACGUCAGGAUGAUGAUCUCAUUUUUUUCGUUAGGAAAAUGAGCUUGCAUGGAUAUGGCUUCAACGAUAAUAUGGAAGGCAUCCCUCCAUACUUCGUACGCAGGUGGGCACCUAAGUUGAAUGAGGUGGUUAGUGAAAAUUCACCGGAUGUGGAUUGGCGGCGCUCAUUUUACUUGAAUUUGAUAGCUCAUACCUCAUUCACUGUAACGGUGGCAAUUUGCAGUCAUCAGGUCCUUCGGAAUCAUCAAACUGGGCAGGACACCCCGCUGUCUCCUAUAUAUAAGGUUGUAAAGACUGUUUAUGCAUCACCAAGUCGUGUUAAUUUCCAUUUGGACUCGAAGAAGGAAGUUGAAACAACACCUGCCUAUCCAGAUAUAUGUUUUGCAGUUGAUGACUUCGAUUCCACUUUUGAUGCAGUGGUUUUAACAGAAACUGACCAUUGCUAUUGUGUACUUCUGAAUGCACAUGGUGGGGCAGCAUUUCCCGGUGAAAAGGCCCUAGAUGACUCCAGUCCGAGCAAUUUUUCCUCCUUAAGAAUCGACACUGGCUCAGGAAAGAUAGGAAAGACACAGAAUAAGCUUACUCUUUUCUCAGGAUUUGUCAGUUAUCAAAUGGUUCGAGAUGCAUAUGAUGCUGGAAGACAUCGAUUUGGGAGCCUUUUGUCCCUUGGUCAUUCUCCUGAAAAAACAGAAAGACUAUAUAUGAAAGGUCCUGGAGGGCAUGGGGAAGUUGAAGUUGCUGUUUCUGGUGUUGCAGAUCAAAGCCAGCAGGAAUCAGGCCCUCAUUCUCCAGUUCAAGUUAGUAAGAAAGGAUUUGGGAUUGGUACAAUUGUCCGCAAAGCAGCAUCUGUUGCAUCAGUGGCAGCAAAGCAUGCCUAUGCAGCUGCAGCCGCCAACAGGAGUUCUGAUGAAGAGAUGUUGCCCCUCAAGUGCUGCUUAAUGUCCAUAUCAUUGCCCUGGGAGAACAUAGCUUAUGAUCUUUUGUUCAAGGGAAGUCCACCAGUGGACAUGUGAACUCAUUUUGUCUAUCAAGAGAAAUGCAUGUGGGCUUGGGAGUUUCCUCCUACCAAGGAAAGCUUAGAAUGAGGGGAUGCAUUGCAGUUGUUCAGAUGAGGAGAUAAAGAGGAAUACUAUGUAAUUUAAGUUGUAUUAUGCUAAACUCUCUCUCUCUCUCUCUCUCUCUCUCUCUCUCUCUCUCUGUAAUUCUUGGUUCGAAAGUCCUGAGGGCUACAAGUGGACUGGAAAUAGUGUAAAUAAUAAAUCAAGGUCAUCAAACGUAUUCUGCAUUCACUAUAGUUUUAGCAGUUGGCGCAGCACCUGGUUGUUGAAUUCAAGGGACUCGGUCAAUUUCUCUCUACUAAA